UUUUUUUUUUGUUACGAAAGUUUCAAGAAUUCCAUAAUAAAGAGAUAAAACACUUUGAUAUCGCUCACAAUCACAUGGCCUUUUCACAAAAACAAACUUUUAGUUAUCUAUCGAUGCGUAAGGCUGAAGCACUAUGACGACGAGACUCACCGCCGAUAAUCUCCGCCGUUAUCUUUUCGUGGUUACUGUUUUGUCCUUCUUCUUCCUUUGUGACCGGUCAAUACUUGCUCUGAACACAGACGGUGUUCUUCUCCUCUCUUUCCGUUACUCUAUCGUCGACGAUCCUCUUUCUGUUCUACGGAGCUGGAGAUAUGACGACGACACUCCUUGCUUCUGGCGUGGCGUCACGUGCGAUGCAACUUCCGGGCACGUGACUGUUCUUUCACUCCCGAGCUCGAACCUUUCCGGCACUCUUCCUUCUAAUUUGGGGUCUCUCCGUUCCCUUCAAAGGCUUGAUCUUUCCAACAAUUCGAUCAAUGGCUCUUUCCCUGUCUCUCUUCUCAACGCGACGGAGCUUCGGUUUCUUGAUCUGUCCGAUAAUCACAUCUCCGGCAAUUUACCGGCGAGUUUUGGCGCGCUUUCGAAUCUCCAGGUGUUGAAUCUCUCUGACAACUCCUUCGUCGGAGAAUUGCCGAGGACUUUAGGCUGGAGUCCGAACUUAACGGAGAUUUCGCUGAAGAAUAACUACAUCUCAGGCGAGAUUCCGGGAGGUUUUAAGUCGACGGAGUAUCUUGACGUGUCCUCGAACUUGAUCAAAGGCUCUUUGCCGUCACAUUUCGGAGGGAACCGUUUACGCUAUUUCAACGCUUCGUACAACAGAAUCUCCGGAGAGAUUCCGUCAGGUUUCGCCGAUGAAAUACCGGAAAACGCCACCGUCGAUAUCUCUUUCAACCAACUCACUGGUCAAAUCCCGGGUUUUCGGGUUCUCGAUAACCAAGAAUCCAACUCAUUUACCGGUAACCCGGGUCUCUGCGGAACCGACCAGGCAAAACACCCUUGCCGUGACGGUGAAGCAACAUCUCCACCCCCGUCGCUGACACCAAAUUCUCCUCCGGCAUUAGCUGCUAUACCGAACACCAUUGGCUUAACCAAUCACACAAUCACCCCCAAAACCGGUCAGAAAUCAAAGUGGGAUCAUAAACCGAUGCUAAUUAUUGGCAUCGUUGUCGGUGACAUUGCCGGUUUAGCCAUCCUCGGGAUUGUGUUUUUCUACAUUUACCAGUCGAGAAAACGGAAGACCGUAACGGCUACGUCAAAAUGGUCCACGUCAUCAACAGAUUCCAAGGUCUCUAAAUGGUACUGUCUACGCAAAACCGUUUACGUUGACGGUGACUGCGAAGACGGAGAAGAGGAAUCCGAGACAUCGGGAUCCGAAUCCGACGAAGAGAACACCGUCGGGCCAAAUCGACGGUCAGGAUUGGACGAUCAAGACAAGAAAGGCACGUUGGUGAACCUCGACUCAGAGAAACAGCUCGAGAUCGAAACGCUUCUCAAAGCUUCGGCUUAUAUCUUGGGAGCCACCGGUUCGAGCAUAAUGUAUAAAGCGGUUCUCCAAGACGGAACGGCCGUGGCGGUUAGACGUAUAGCUGAAUGCGGUUUAGACCGGUUUAGAGAUUUCGAAGCGCAGGUUCGAGCCGUGGCUAAAUUGGUACAUCCAAACCUGGUACGAUUUCGAGGUUUCUAUUGGGGAUCCGACGAGAAGCUUGUCAUUUACGAUUUCGUCCCCAACGGCAGCCUCGCUAACGCCCGUUACCGGAAAGUGGGAUCCUCGCCUUGUCAUUUACCUUGGGAGGCUCGGCUCAAGAUAGCUAAAGGUAUAGCUCGUGGGCUAACGUACAUACACGACAAGAAGUACGUGCAUGGUAACCUCAAGCCUAGUAAUAUCCUUUUGGGUUUGGAUAUGGAGCCUAAAGUGGCUGAUUUCGGCCUUGAGAAGCUUUUGAUCGGCGACAUGAGCUACAGAACCGGUGGAUCGGCUCCCAUAUUUGGAAGCAAGAGAUCCACAACAUCUCUAGAGUUUGGACCGAGCCCGAGUCCAAGUCCAAGUUCAGUUGGGUUACCUUACAACGCUCCUGAAUCUCUCCGGAGCAUAAAGGCGAAUCCGAAGUGGGACGUGUACUCUUUCGGAGUUAUUCUUCUCGAGUUGCUAACGGGAAAGAUUGUGGUUGUCGACGAGCUUGGACAGGUUAAUGGGCUUGUGAUUGACGACGGUGAGCGGGCGAUUCGGAUGGCGGACGCUGCUAUACGGGCCGAGUUAGAAGGCAAAGAAGAUGCUGUGUUGGCAUGUUUGAAAAUGGGCCUAGCUUGUGCAUCUCCAAUACCACAGAGAAGGCCUAAUAUCAAAGACGCUUUACAAGUUCUCGAGAGAUUCCCUCUUCAUGUUAGUCAACAAUAAUAAUAACUAAGAGUUCCUGACUGUGUCUGUGUGUACUUAGAGAUAGAUUGAUAGGCGAGUUUCAACUUAUUAUACCUCUCUUGUGGCCUCUGAUUUUGAACUUAUCUUUUGUGUUGAUUAUUUUAGUGGUAUUCUAUAAUGGUCCAACUCGUAUAGCGUAUGACAAAACUUUUAUAUUUU